AAAAUAUGAACAACAAUAAGACAAUGAAAAUUAAAAAAUCAACAGAAAAAGGAUUUGAUCUUGAAUCCUGCUUCUAAAAAAGUGAGACAGAUCACUAAGACGGUUAUAUAAAGGAUGCUGAUUAUUAUUUUGAUUCAUAUUCACAUUUUAGUAUUCAUGAAGAAAUGCUUAAAGAUAAGAUCAGAACAAAAGCUUAUUAAAAUGCCAUAAUUAAGAACAAAGUAAAUAUCAUAUAUUAAAUGUGUAGCAACUUUUUCAAAAUAAAAUAGUUUUAGAUGUAGGAGCUGGAACAGGCAUUCUUUCAAUUUUUGCUGCUUAAGCUGGAGCAAAGCAUGUUUAUGCAGUUGAGAAUGCUAACAUUGCAAUUCAUGCAAAAAAGAUUAUAAGUGAAAAUGGACUUAGUGAAAAAAUUACUAUUGUAAAAGGAAAGAUAGAAGAAAUUGAAUUACCUGUUGAAAAGGUGGAUAUCAUCAUUUCUGAAUGGNUUAAUAUUUUAUUUCCAAAAAAAUGA